AUGCGAGAAUACGACUUAGUGCCAGAUAAGGUCUCCAUGGUGAUAAUCGUAAACACUUGUGCAAAUUUCGGCGCCAUCCAUAAAUCCAAACUCAGCAACGAACUUAUAAGAACACAAUACCGCUCACCAGACAUGAUUCUAGGAACUGCAAUGAUAGACAUAUAUGAAAAAUGUGGAAGCAUAGAUACUACACGCCAGGUGUUCGAUGAAAUGCCACAAAGAAAUGUUAUAACAUGGAGCACAAUGAUAUCAGCUUACGGGUAUCAGGGCAAGGACAGAAGAGCAGUCGAAUUGUUCACCAACAUGUGCAAAAACAAAAUCAUACCAAACAAAAUCACUUUUCUUCCACUUCUAUAUGCGUGUAGUCACUCCAGUUUAAUCAAUGAAGAUGAUAGAUUUUACCGGUUGUGA